UCUCAAAGCUUUCCGGAAGUCAAGUAAAUGCCGUUAGAUGCGAGCAAAAACUUGUUUCGUUUGAGCCAGUGACCCACAUUGCAUCUUGCUUUCGUUCAACUGGCUGCACUUCAGCGGCAGACGCGCGUCAGCUCGCAGCUGUGUCUUCGACAAUGAAGGUGGAAGGAACAAUGAUGUAUACAUAACAAGCAAUCACGGAACACUGGACUUGGGUCAGUGGACGUUAUUAAAAAAAGGUGAGGCAAGGCGUCUCGCUUCACGGAUAACAACCGCCUUUUCUCAAGAAAAGUUCACGAAGAUGCGGAAGCAAAACUAUAGAAUUUUUCAUAUGUGCUAAUGGACGUAAUACAAUUUACAAGAGAUGGAUUGGAUUGCUGUCCUCGCAAAUGCGAUUGCUGUUUUUCGAUUGGUGCUCAUCUGCAGCGGGAUGUGGAUGCUGAUUCGAUACUUGACAAGAACUGUGGCAGAUCAAGAACUCCAAAGAAAAUAUUUUGCUGUGUCUGGUGUUAUUUACCUUCUAGGUUUGAUCCCACAGUCGUUACUUCUACUGCUUGUAAACAUUGAUAUGGUGAACUUUAUGCUAGAUAAUGGAUACUUGUGUUGGAUGCAAAAAUCUACAUACAUUAUUGCUAUCAUCCUACAUAAUUUCGUUCUCUUAAACUGGAUUUUACAUUCCAUUCACGUGCCACAAAAGAAUGAAAAAUGGUAUUUUUCAACUAUUGCAAAAAAUAAAUUCUUCACUUUUAUGUUGGGAUUUUAUACAACAGUUAUCAUUCUCUUUCGAGGUUACAUGCUUCGAAAAGAUGACGGCAAAAGAUUUUUCACCGACGUGGCUUCAAAAUCUGGUAAUGCAUCUUCGUCUGGAUGGUCAAUGACCCCUGUGGAUAACCCUUCUCAAGUUGUGCGACUUCAAUUACUAUUAUGCGAAAGUUCUUUAUCAGAGAAAGAAAUUAUUCGCUAUUUAAUAUUUUCAUAUGCAACUGUAAUGCUACCGAUUUUCAUUCUCCACUUCAUUCUGGGUUCUCCACUUCUUCAGUGCAUGGGUUUAAAUGCUCUUCCUCGUUCUGGAGAAUCAAAUAUAUGCAAUGAACAAGAAAUGGAUAAAGGAGGGCAGCAGUAUACGUGGUGGGAGCAAGAAGUGAACAUUCAGCGGUUUUUGUCUGCUGCUGUCGCCAUCUGGUUUCAUCUGAUCCAACCAUUUAUCUUCGCAGUUCAUAGACAUCAUUUCGUGGAUUUUGGUAGUCAUCUUCUACUUACAGUGUGUGUUUUUAUACCAUGGACAUUUUCUAACAAAGAAAACAAUAAUUUUCAUUCGUGGGUAUAAUGCAUUAGAUACUUUUAUAAAAUUUAUAUGAUAUGUAAAUUUAUUUUCUAUGAGUCUCAAAAUAAAUUUUUAUGUUAAUAGUC